GUGGAAUGGCAGUAUAAAAGUGUGAGUGCAAGAGGUUUGUCCGCAUACCAUCUGCCAACAUGAAGGUCCUGUUGCUAACGCUGGUGCUCCUGCUGUCUACCGCUCAAGUGCUCUCACUCACAUGCUUCACCUGCGAAGGAGACGUGAACUGUAAGGCGGAGACAGUUUGCCCGGCAUCCUCUCAGUACUGCAAGACCAUGGAGCACGGAGAAGAACUUCGUCGAACUUGCGAGGAGCUUUGUGGAGAUGAUGAUAUCUUCACAACCUGCUGCUCUGAAGACCUUUGCGGACCCUGAGGCCUCCCUAAAAGCGCUCACUUCCACUUCCAGAUGAAUUAAAAUAAUACGAGAACAAAUAAUGACCUGAGUCUGAAUCUGAUAGAAAAUGAUUUGUCAAUCUGACACUCCUAUCCUGCUUUUACUUUCAAUUCACUCUUGAAAUUAUGAUUAAUGAUUUAGUCUCACUCUUCAUUUCCCAGCCAAAACUGCACUGGCUCACAGCCAUGUUUUAUCUUCAAAGAUCUAGUGAUGGCGCAAGGGCACACACACGCACGCACACAAAACACACAGACACACACAGACAGACACACACACAGCCACGCACACACUGAAUCCUUCCUGAUGUCAGUUAGUGGGUCAGUGCUGCGUUGGUCGCUGUCUGUGUCGGCUGUAAUGUGAAGUUGGCUGUUUCAAAACAUGUAAUGGAAAGAAAUAAAGCUUUUAAUUGAUCUGCUA